UACAGACUGCCAGCCAUCUUCUAUCUAUCUAUAUCGAUCCGAUGCGGACCCAGGUGAUGGUCAACCACCACCGCAAUGCUUCCACCCCUACGACCUAGUCCAGCCCUGUUGCCGCGGGCUCUUCUGCGCCUGCGUCCUACCACCACCACCACCACCACACUUCUUCCCCGCACGACGGAUCUAGCCCGGUGCUAUGCCACCGGAUCGAGCGCUCCCAAACGACGAAACGUGACGGUGUUGUCCGACGACGGGCGCUACGAAUGGGGCGAGUUAACCGGCAGGGAGAAGAUGGCGCGCGCGACGCAGCAGUCGGUUAACUUUGUUGUUGUUCUUGCGGGGGCGGUUUUGACGGGCGGCGUCUUCUACCUCCUCUACACGGAAGUCUUCUCCCCCAAUAGCAAAACCUGGCAGUUCGAAAAAGCUGUCGAGCGCAUCCUGGACGACACGCGGUGUACGGCGCUCCUAGGCGAUCGGAGACAGAUCACUGCGUUUGGAGAUAAUACGUGGAGUCGGUGGGCGCGGAAUCGACCUAUCGCUACUUCAAUUUACAAAGACAGGCUGGGACGCGAACAUUUGAAGAUGAAUUUCCACGUCGAGGGACCGCUGAACUCCGGAACGGUGUUCGUGCAUAUGAUGAAGCCGUUGGAGCAUAAUGAGUGGGAGUAUCAGCUUCUGGCUCUGGAGGUGCCCGGGCAUUCUCGGGUGGUGUUGGAGCAGGCUCACGAGAAGCCGGGUGUGGGCAAGGCGCUGAAGAUCUUUGGGAUUCAGUUCCGGUAGACGGAUCUGCAGUCGCGGAGUUUCUGCUUAUACUAUGAGUGAAGCUUCCCGAGCAACGCAGAUGGAUAUAAGGGCUCCGGAUGAAGAGCGCUGCCUUGCCUGUCUCGGUUAUAUCAUCACGAGGCAGAGAAUGAAUGAUCGGCUUCUACUGACGAGGAAGCUUUUCGGGCGGCUAUAUUGGCUGAAACGGCAGGCUAAAAACCAUUGUAUUAUAGCAUUUUUCGAGUGUAAAAACACAUGUCAUCCAAGAUAUGAGAC